AUGCCUAUAGUUGAUACCAAGAUUGAACUUAACAAAGAUCUUUCUCUUAUCACAUCGGCGAAUGGCGAGAACAGCCUCAGCAGAACUGGCCAAGAGGACUCGCACUCCCUCCCUGGCCAAGCUCGAACUUCCCUCGACAACGCUCCUCUGAAAGAAUACCUCAGAGAAGCGCUUUUAGCUCCGAACCUCGAUAAGAUAGCUCCAUAUCUUUGGCUAGCCUUUACUCCCGACCAUGCUCACAUCUCCCCGCUCCACUUUCAAGCCGCUCGAGGCCGCAGCAUUAUCGUCACCGAGGAGGUCUAUCUCCACCUCGUAUGGUAUUAUGAUCGCAUAUUCAUUAAACCUCUCCCGGCAUACCUCCUCUCAUCUGCCUUCUGGGAAUACAUCGAGAAAACAGACAUAGAGGUCUGGCAAGCCGCGGCUGGCUUCAUGCGAACAUACGCCUACCUCAUAAAAUUCGAAAUCGAUUUUCGAAAAGCCCAGAGCGCGGAGCUGGGAAUAAUACCAACCGAUGACAAAGUUCCCAUCACAUACGAGCGAUUUGCAGCAUUCAUCGCUCCGUUCGCAGAGCUUGAUGACGAUAGAGUCAAGCCCCGUUACCAUUAUGGAGAGAUGCGUUUGACCCGCUUGAACUGGUUUGCGCGCUUCUUGCUUGGGAAAUUGACCUAUCAUCACAUCCAUGCUCAAUGGAAUGAGUAUCUUGGCAGGUUCCUAGCACCAUUCCUAACUGUAUUCAUACUCCUCUCCACAGCGCUCAAUGCCAUGCAAGUAGAACUCGCAGUGCAAAGUGCCCCCAAAGGUUUUAGGAAUUGGGACACAUUUUCCCAGAUGUGUCGUUGGGUCUCUAUCAUCAUUCUCGUUCUUGUCCUCGUGAUUUCUACUCUCUUAAUAUUUCUCGUGCUAUUUAUGUUUAUACACGAUCAAAUCUUUGCACAAAAGGUUUUACAUCAGAAAAGAUCUAAGGUUAAAAAGUCAAAGGCUGGUUUGAAAUCUGGCGUGGUUUAA